AUGGCGUCCACCACGCACGCCACCACGCCCGAGCUUCUCGACCUCACCCCGGACAACAUCACGCCCAACACGGUCCGCAUCAAUGCGCAGUGCGCCGACGCGCGCCUCCGCUACCUCAUGGAGCGCCUCGUCACGCACCUGCAUGAUUUCGCGCGCGAGACGCGCCUGAGCACCGACGAGUGGAUGGCCGCCGUGCAGUUCCUCACGCGCACCGGCCAAAUCUGCAGCGACGUGCGCCAAGAGUUUAUCCUGCUGUCCGACGUGCUCGGGCUGUCGCUGCUCGUCGACGCCGUCAACCACCCCAAGCCGCCGUCGUGCACCGAGAGCUCGCUGCUGGGGCCGUUUCACACGCACGACGCGCCAGUCGUGGAUGCGGGCGCCGCCAUGUCGGCGGACCCGGCCGGCGAGCCGCUGCUGGUUUUGUGCACGGUGCGCGGCCGCGACGGGCGGCCCAUUCCUGACGUCAAGGUGGACAUUUGGGAGACGGACAGCUCGGGCCACUACGACGUGCAGCACGCGGACCGUGAGGAGCCGAGCGAGCGGUGCAUAAUGCACAGCGACGCCGAGGGCAAGUUUUGGUUCAAGGCCAUUGCGCCGGUGAGCUACCCGAUUCCGUCAGACGGCCCGGUUGGGCAAUUGCUGCAGAAACUGGGGCGCCAUCCCUGGCGGCCGGCGCAUAUGCAUUUCAUGCUGGAGAAGCCGGGAUGGGAUCACCUCAUCACCGCUGUAUUCGUCCGCGGCGACCCAUAUGAAAAGACGGAUGCGGUAUUUGGCGUCAAGGAAAGCCUCAUCGUGGACCUAGAGCCCAUCGACGAGGCCACUGCCGCGCAGUACGGCGUCGAGCCCAGAAGCAAAGUGCUCAGGCAAGACUUUGUAUUGGCAACUGAAGAGGAGACGACUGAGCUCCGUGACAAGGACGCAGUGGAAGCGCUCAAGAGCCUCGGACUGAACAUGAAGCUCGUCGACCAUCUUCCUGUGCCCGAUCUAGAUUAG